UACGCUCCUUCGCCGUCCCUAACAUCGUCUUCCAGAACUACGAGCCCUUGCGCAUCCUCCAAAAUGGGAGCAAACACCUUUGCAACCUUUCUUAUCAUUGGACCGACAUGUUUCUUUCUGGGCAUGCUCUUCUCCUCCUUCCCCUACGACUACAACGUGCUAUGGACCACACCCGAUGAUCCCAUGCACUACUUCAAGGUCCUCGAAGACCACAUCAAGUUCUUGCACGCCUCGCCCCCAAUCAUCUCGCGCAUUCUGCACAUCGUCAUAGGCACCGGCGUCCUCGGUUUCCUAGCCAAGCUCUACAAAGCAUCCGAAUCCAACUUACUCUUCGACGGCGCAUCGCUCGUGCUCUACAUGGCCGGCAUCACCAUCUACAUCACAAAUAUCGUCAAGGGUUUCCGCGUUGUGACCGCCGGUGUCUACGGUAACGUCGAGGCCGUCGGUGACGUGGAGGCUGGGGAUUAUAUCAAUAGGGAGGAUACAUUGAGGGUAUUUGCGGCGAGUAACACCAUUUUGGCGCUCGUGUUGGUGGGGGUGCUUGUGUUGCAGGCGGGGCAGUGGUAUGCGCUGAACAAGGAGGAGGCGGAGAUCAAGCAAAUGGAGAAGGAGGACGAGGAGAAGAAGAACAAGGGCAAGAAAAAGCAGUGA